CUCUGUGAUGACUAUGAGCUUGUAUUUAAACACUUCGCAAAAUGCAUGCUCAUCCACAUAAAAUUCAUAAAACAAUUUAUAUAGAGAAGUGCACCGUAGAGAAAGCUUCUCAGGAAGACAACGGAAUAUUCCUCUCUAUAUUCCAUCUUCAACCCCAUCCCAAAAAAAAAAAAAAAACGCAUUCAGUUUUGCAUGGCACACUGGUUUAUGUACCUAUACAAUUCAAUGUUCUUAUAACUCCCUCAUUUGAAAAAGAUAUAUAUUCUUUCAUUUCCUCUAGCAAAAGGCAAAAAGCAAGUUGUGGUUUUUUCUUUUAUAGCGGUCCCUGAAGAAAUUUGAUUGAGAUGGGUGGAGGGUCACAUAAUAAAAUAGAGGACUCCUCAACCAAAAUAAGCCAAACCAGUAGUUUCUCAGCUGCUACUGCUUCAGCUAUGGAAACACCAAACAAUGUCAGUGACAAUAAUAUGAACUCUCAUCACUGUGUAGACAUAGCUAUGGAGGUUCAUCAUCAGGUAGUUCCUCCACCACAUAGAAGCUCUUUGCAGAAACUGAAAAGCAAGUUCAAAGAAACUUUCUUCCCUGAUGACCCUUUGCGCCAAUUCAAAGGACAACCUUGCAGCAAGAAAUGGAUACUUGGUCUUCAGUAUCUUUUUCCUAUAUUUCAAUGGGGUCCUAAUUAUAGUCUCAAACUCUUCAAAUCUGAUAUUGUUUCUGGCCUCACCAUUGCCAGUUUGGCCAUCCCACAGGGAAUAAGUUAUGCUAAGCUUGCUAAUUUACCUCCCAUUGUGGGUCUCUAUUCUAGCUUUGUUCCUCCAUUAGUGUAUGCUGUCCUUGGAAGUUCUAGGGACCUUGCAGUAGGACCUGUUUCCAUUGCUUCUCUUAUACUUGGAUCAAUGCUUACGCAAGAAGUGUCUCCCACAAAAGAUCCUCUUCUCUUCCUUCAGUUGGCUUUUACAGCAACUUUUUUUGCUGGUUUUAUUCAAGCUUCUCUUGGAUUGUUGAGGCUUGGUUUUAUAAUUGAUUUUCUUUCAAAGGCUACUCUUAUUGGUUUUAUGGCUGGAGCAGCUAUAAUAGUGUCUCUGCAACAGCUCAAGAGCCUCCUUGGAAUCACCCACUUCACCAAAAAAAUGGGUUUGAUUCCUGUUUUAACCUCUGUUUUUCACACCAGAAAGGAGUGGUCAUGGCAAACUAUUCUAAUGGGCGUCUCCUUCCUUGUGUUGCUCCUACUAGCCAGACAACUAAGCAUAAGAAAACCGAAGUUAUUCUGGGUCUCAGCUGGAGCUCCCCUUGUAUGUGUGAUCCUUUCAACUAUCGUUGUUUUCGCAUUCAAAGCUCAACACCAUGGAAUUAGUGUUAUAGGAAAAUUGCAAGAGGGAUUAAAUCCACCUUCAUGGAAUAUGUUGCAUUUCCGUGGCAGCCACCUCGGGCUUGCAAUCAAGACCGGCCUUGUCACCGGCAUCAUUUCCCUCACUGAAGGAAUAGCAGUGGGAAGGACAUUUGCUUCUCUGAAGGAGUACAGAGUGGAUGGGAACAAGGAGAUGAUAGCCAUUGGGCUAAUGAACAUUGUUGGCUCUUCAACUUCAUGCUAUGUUACUACAGGUGCAUUUUCGAGGUCUGCUGUGAAUCACAAUGCAGGAGCCAAGACAGCAGUGUCUAACAUAGUAAUGUCAGUGACUGUCAUGGUCACGCUUCUCUUCCUCAUGCCACUCUUCCAAUACACUCCCAAUGUUGUAUUGGGAGCGAUCAUUGUCACAGCUGUUGUUGGCCUUAUUGACAUUCCUGCUGCUUUAAACAUUUGGAAGAUUGACAAAUUCGAUUUCAUUGUCAUGUUAUGUGCCUUUGUGGGUGUUAUUUUUUUCUCUGUCCAAGGAGGCUUGGCCAUUGCGGUUGGGAUUUCCAUUUUCAAGAUCUUACUGCAAGUUACAAGGCCAAGGACAGUGGUUUUGGGAAGUAUACCAGGUACUGAUAUAUAUAGAGAUGUACACCACUAUAAGGAAGCAAUGACAGUCCCUGGUUUCCUUAUUUUAAGUAUUGAAGCGCCUAUCAAUUUCGCCAACAGCAUGUAUCUCAAUGAAAGGAUUUUGAGAUGGAUAGAAGAAUUUGAGACUGAAGAUGAUAUGAAAAAAUAUUUGAGCAUUCAAUAUGUGAUUCUAGAAAUGUCAGCUGUGAGUGCCAUAGACACAACUGGAGUCUCUCUUUUCAAGGAUUUAAAGAAAGCAAUUGAAAAGAAGGGAAUGGAGCUUGUGUUGGUAAAUCCUCUUGGAGAAGUUAUGGAAAAAUUACAAAGGGCAGAGGAAACCAGUGAUAUGAUGACUGUAGAUAAGCUUUAUUUAACGGUGGGAGAAGCUGUAGCUUUGCUAUCUUCAUCAAUGAAAGGUCAAUCAUCAGCAAAAUAUGGGGCAGCAACACAAGGGGAUGAGAACUAGAGCUAAAAGAAAGCUUGUUUGAAUAUAUAUAUAUAUAUAUAUAUAUAUAUUAAGAUAUAAAAUCAUGCUUUCCUUCCAAUUAGUAAAAAUAUGUUGUAGAUUUUGCAAUUUAAAUAUACAACAUAUUUGUUUUUGCUAAAAAUGUAAAGGUUGUUUAGGUGCACAA